GAUGUAUCUUUCACAGAUUCUGCAAAGCAAAGGAUCAGGAAUUCUUGAGGUAAAAGUGAAGCUGGAUCAAAACGGGUGCCUGGAUUCUUGUGUCACCAGCUAGGUAUAUAUCCGGAAAGUCACAGAACGUGUGACAUGCUGCUAUAACGGAUGACAAUCACCGUAGUAGGUACCAAUCAGACAUGCAUCUGCUAGUUGUUGCCUGGCCGGCUUCCAAGCGCAGGCGGUCAAUAUAAUCUUCCCCUCAGAAGAGAUAUUGGAUAUCUCUCAGGCCGUGGACUGGCCUCAAUAGCACCCUGUCUACUCUAGACCGUUCCAACUGAAAGUUGUCACUCUUCUACUCACUUCGCAUACUACCGUCAUGCCUCCCAGAGCAAUAUACCUCGUAACAUCCCGAAAUAGUCCGAGUCAGCGUGCCCAUUUCUCUAUCUUUGUUCCAUCGGUCGCUUGUUCCACUAUAGGUACUUCGAUACACGUUGUGGGCGCCCCUAUGAUGGGCUAUCAACUCGAGUUCAAACGGAAUCACGCCCUCUCCUCCAAUGAAGAGCCAUAUGAGACGGUCUUGCUGGGAUAUGUCGACUCUCAACACAUUACGGACUCUCCAACAGAGAGUAGUAGUAUGUUUGUAGACCAUACUCCGAGAAAUGAUCUUGAAAUCGCAGCCAGUCAGACACCGGCCCCUCGUGUUAGUGAAAAUUUCAUGGCGCCUGUUAAUGAUACCACCAACAAGAGAUGUCAAGAGUGGACUAUGGAAUUUGUUCGUCAUCUGGCUGCUCGGGGUCUGCUUGAGGAGGAAGCCGUUCAGAUUGUCCAGUCGAAACGCGAUUCGCCAGCCCAUGGAAUCGCUUUGCAGCCUGUUGGUCGACGAGUAGUUUGAGGUGCUAUCCAAGUAUAUGCAUGAAGCACGUGCCAAAGGAUAUAUAACUUGAAGCUUUUGGUCUUAGCUGGCAUUAGUAAAGGCAACCCAGAAAAUACUGCUACCAAGAAGAG